UAGUCGUGACUGUCGUAAUGCCGUCUUGACGCCACACAGAGCGUCUGUGAGGUACAAUGGUAACAAAACCAAUUGACCAAUGGUAGGUGGAGUUUCUGCUUCGCUACCGUUCUCAGGAUGGAUCGGAUUUAACUCCAUGCCACCGUCUGUACCUCGUCUGGAGCCGGAUUGUUUAUUAUCGUUGGACCAAGCUAGCUAGCUUGCUGAGCUAGUCACCCAUAGCUACCUUGCGAGAACUCCGGUCAAAUAUAAUAUGGCAGCAGAUGGCGUUUGGAGGACAGACAUGCAUCGAUAGGUUCUUAUCAACUGACAGCAUACCCAUCAUGGUAUCUGUUAGUUUCAGCUUUUCUUAAAUCAUAUUGCCAUGGAGCCACGCAGGGUGAAUGAGACAGAGAGUGAGUCCAAGUGUUUGUCUGUUAGCUGUGAGCAGUCGAGUGGCCACGCCGCUGUUACGCCUCCGCCUGAUCUGACAAACGAUGCCCCCCACGAGCCACCACCUUCAGGGAAACUUCGGAGAACCGCCCUCAGAUUGUUUGGUGGAAGGAAAAACAUUUGUGUACUUCCGAGCUUCUUUGGGGGUAGAAACAAAAACCAGAACAAGUGGUCAUCUAGAAAGGGAGUUCGAAAGAGCAAAACACAUGAUGGACUCAGCAAGGCAAACUGGGAGGACGGCGUCGGAAGUGGAUUUGCACCGGCAGGAGACUUUGAAUACCACAUCGAAAAAGACGCUGCUGCAAACAGCAGUUGCAGUGAAUUUGGACAUCCAGUCGGUGAUCAGAAGUCUAUGUCUCUUCCACGGCAGAAAAAAGGUUUGAGGGGACUGUUUAACAGCAUCAGGCGACAUAAAAAGAAUAGAAAUGGUGAACUUGAGAAACAUGAAACGGUCCCAAUGUAUUUUGUCUGUAGCAAAGAGGUGCCUGUUGCCCAGGUUAACGUUGACCAAAAUAACACAGAGUGCCUGGGUAAGUUGACUGAACCGUAUGUGCCUGACUUGAAUGCAAACACAGGAAAGGGUGAGCCUGCUGUUCCUGAAUGUAUUGAUGUUGGAGUCGUGGUUUCUGAAAGAACAACAAAAGAAGAUAUCCUGAAUGUUGGCUCCGAGAACCAACUGGAGGAAGAAGUGGCUGUAAAGAAUAACGACUCACCUGGUUCCGACAGGAAACUAAUCUCAAACACGUUCAACUCUCUCCCUAACAACGAUCCUGAAUCCGCCGCGAACAGCCAACUAUCUGUCGGCUCUUCUGACCAGAUCAGCCUGAUCUUCGGAGACGUGGCCUCCUUGAAGAGUUUUGAUUCGCUAACGGGAUGUGGCGACAUCAUCGCCGACCAGGACGAUGACAGUAUCGCAGAGAGCACGGUUUCAGGGGAAAGGAGUAGGAAUGGGGGCAAAAGGAGUUCCUGUUACGUAACUUACCAGGGUGGAGGGGAAGACAUGGCCACACCCGACGAAGUGGACCUCCAAGACCUCUGGGAAAACGAGGCUGCCGAGGAAGUUAGCUUUAAUCACAACCAAAACGAAAGCUCGAUGGAACACUCUGACAGCCUGAGGCUGGCUCCUGAGGAGCCGUCCAGCUGCCUCUGCACAGACCUCAGCAGCAGCGGCACCCUCGGACUCACAGACAACACGGUCACCUCCGGAGAUGUUUUGACUCCUCAGAGUGACCAUCAGGAGUCCGUUCCCAACAGUGACGAGGGUUACUACGACUCGACGACCCCGGGGCCGGACGAAGAAGGCCACGAAAAGGCUGACCGGAUGAGGAGAGACAGACUUCCGAGGGACAGUUACAGCGGCGAUGCUCUUUAUGAGCUUUUUGGUCCAGAUGACAGUCUUAUAAGUCCAGCUUUUGACAACCAGUUGAAGCUGACCGGCUCCGUGAUCCAUGGGUACUUAGACAAGUCUGCUGAUGUAAAAGAACACCAGGCGUUUGGUUCUGAAAUAGGUUCGUUAGAGUUUGAAAACACAAGUUUAACUAGGAUUCUCCAGGAUCUUCACUCUGCAAAGCUGCCAAGUGACAACAGUAAACAAUCCAAAGAGCUUGCUUUGUUCACCAAAGGCCUCCACAACCAAGGCUUGAAGAAAAGCAUGACUUCAAAAGCACACGCCUCUGUGGACCCAGUCACCUCGGAAGCUUUCAAUCAAGGGAAAAGUUCUCAACACGGAAACAAAUUUAGUAACCUCAAAAGUCAACCCCAUGAACAGAGCUCAGAGAAAAACAACAUAAUGGCCCCACAAUUAAAAAACAACAAAAAUACUUCAAAGCAAAAAACAGUGGAAAUGGAGGAUGACCUAGCAGUUAGCUUCUCUCAAGCCCUUGUUGACUUUACAAAAAAUGCACGUUUAUUCGGCGGCCCUACUGAAGGAAUGAGUGGCUCUGAGUCAACCUCUCCCUUCGCCCAAAACCUGCAGGCCCUUCCUGCCAUGGUAACCUUUGAUGUGGUGGACAUGGAUAAUGAAGGAGAGUACGACCAGCAAGUUGACAUGACGAUAGAAGAGGAGGACAUCACAUCGCCUUACGAAGUAUUUGAAGAGAGCUACUUGCAGAAAGACGCGUUUGCUGAAUGUGACGAUCGAAUGUUUGACGUCUAUGAACAGAGUCUCUUAAGUAACACAUGGGCUAUCACAAGCCUACCACGUCACCUGAGCCUUACUCCAGCCAAUCGGGCGACGCCCAGCCGGUUGGCGUUAAACAGGAGGAGCAGAUCUCUGGAUACGGACUGCUUGGAGUUGGAGAACAUCUACCUGGGAAGUGGGGCUGCGCCGCCGCCCAGUCAUGUGACUGAGAGAGCAUCCAAGAGAGUGUCUUCUCUCCACCGCAAGAAGAACGGACAUACGCCCUCCGCGGAGAGGAAAGACGGAAGCAGCUUCAUGUUUCUGUCAUGGCAACAAGAGGCAGAGAGAUCCUCCGUCUCCACUCUGACAGACGGGAGAAGAGCAGAGACCAGCGGCCGUGUGACCUCAGCCAGGCACGCCCCGCCGUCCGGUCAGCCUGGGGGGCAGACCGCAAGAAAAUCACAGCAGCAGUCUGUAAGCAUAAUAGCGGAAAGAAUGUCCUGCAGUUUUAACUCUCUAAACACAGGCCUUGUGAAUAGACCCUGUCACCUUCCUUUGCAAUCAGAGGCCAGUGGAGCCCAAGCCCCAUGCGUUUUCUCUGCAGUGAACCGGGAAAACUUGUACGUGAUGUCGGAUCUAGCUUCAGAUGGCGGGGGCGAGGAACUUUUUUACACCUCUUCACUGAACUGUCAGUCUUCUGGUCAGCUGUGUAAGAUGAGAGCAGGAAGCGUCGCUCACGGCAAGCCUGUCUCCGGCUCUCUGGACCUGGGGGACGGAGACAGGAGCUUCUGCAGCAGAGCCAGACCAGCCAUGGAUACAGGGUUCCCUCCGGCCAGAUCAGCCAUGGAUACAGGGUUCCCUCCGGCUUGUAACAAACACACGGCUGGAGCAAACCUACAAUCUGACCUGCAGACACCUUCACACAACACUUAACGUAGGCCUGCCGCCCAUACUCUCACACACAAUGUGCCACCAAAGACACAAUUUAGCGUGUUUACAUCACCGAAAAUUGAAUGAUUGUUACAUUUUUGACAUGUAGUAGAUUUAUUUUCUUUCUUUUUUUUAUUGAUAAGCUACUGUAUUUCACUGUGAUGCACAAGCCUUAUAAUUGAUGUUGCGUUAUCCUCUGAACACUACCAUCACACCACGGGUACUCCCCCCCCUGUCACAUCUGUCACUCUAAGGUGGAGCAUCCUGGUAUUUGUACAAAGUUUCAGAAAUAGUUUGUUACACACUUGGCUGGAUUUCAGGAUCCAAUUUACAGCUGUUAAUGUUUGUAUAUUUUGUAAGUUUGUCUUUCCAGUUUCAUUAUAGAUAGGGCAGCUGAACUUAAGAUUUCAGUUCUCUGUUAUAGUUUGCUAAAUUAGUAAGUGAUUUUGAAACGCGUAUGUCACAUUUGUCUGCAAUGUGAAGAUCUUAAUGGCAGUGCAACCUCAUCAGACACUAUUUUCAGAGACUGUUGAGGAGCUCUGUUUCUGAGCUGAGCUGUCUACAGUAUAUAGGCUGUCUACAGUAUAUAGGCUGUCUACAGUAUAUAGGGUGGAUACAGUAUAUAGGCUGUCAACAGUAUAUAGACCGUGGUCAGUUGAGCUUAUCCUCCAUCAUUUCACAAUGUUCUAAUAGUCUAGUUUAUAGACAUUUGACCUUUUUUGUUUUAAAGAAGUUAUGCUUUGUUUUUCUUCAGAUCUGUAUAUUGUAGUACUGUAUUCUUGAAAAUAAUUUACAUUAUUUUUAUGUGAGAAAAUACCUGUACAUGUAUCCGGUUUUAUCAUGAUUUUUAGGCUCUAUUUUGUGUCACUGGCAUGUUUGCUGACACUACGGACAGCUAGCUUUAGCUCUCAUCUCUUAAAGCAUCAGCGUUUUGUUUGUAGAAAAUACUGAACUGGGAGAGUUGUUACUGGAGAGUUGUUACUUUUAAUAUGUGAGGUGAACUAUAAGUUACCUUGUCAUAUCCUCUUUUCCUAAAUAUCAGUCAUUUCCAUAUAACAAUCCCAGUUGAUACUUCAAUCUAUAGCCUAGUCUCUAUUUCCCCAGAUGCAAUCACUGAUCAUAGGAAAGCUGACUCACAUUACAGUUUAGUUGCUAUUCUAGUUUAUAUCAAGAACUAAUUAAUGUCUGGAAUAUUAUUUCACCUUUGGAGAAAAUUCACCAUGUUAGGUUUCAACAUCGUUCAUUUUCUUUCAUAUAGACAAAUAAUAAUAAAACCUUUCAAUGUUACAGCAGUUUCACAAGACAGGGCUGUGUCAAAGUUGAUAUUCAUAGCAACAAAUAAAAGAAGUAUGAAUUCA